GGAGGAGGCGGCGGCCCUGCGGGCUGUGCCCCCGGUUCCCGAAGCAGGGAACGGGAAGAUGUGAACUGUUACUCUUCUGCAGAAAUUGAAAAAAAAAAAGGCGGGGGAGGAGCCCUUCCUUCCCCUCCUGCGACGGCCAAUGUUCUGAAAAAGACUCUGGAUAAGAAUGGCUUGCCUUACAAUGACAGAAAUGGAAGCAACCUCCACAUCUCCUAUACAUCAGAAUGGUGAUAUUCCUGGAAACACCGAUUCUGUGAAGCAAAUAGAGCCAGUCCUUCAGGUGUAUCUUUAUCAUUCUCUUGGAAAAGCUGAGGGAGAUUAUCUGAAGUUUCCAUCUGGAGAAUAUGUUGCAGAAGAAAUUUGUGUUGCUGCUUCUAAAGCUUGUGGUAAAUUGUUUUACUUUGCUCACUGGUACUGCAGUGGCAGUAACAGAACCUAUCGGCAUGGAGUAUCUCGAGGGACUGAAUCUCCUCUUCUUGAUGACUUUGUUAUGUCUUACCUUUUUGCUCAGGUACAGUUGUAUUAUUUGUGCAUUGGAAAAGGUCGCAUCUUUCAAUUUUGUUUAGAUUUAUCUUCGAACUUUUGUUUUUCUGUGCGUGACUAUUUUAUUCCUAGCUACAAGACAUUCUUACCAAAAUGUGUUCGAGCAAAGAUCCAAGACUAUCAUAUUCUGACAAGGAAGAGAAUAAGGUACAGAUUUCGCAGAUUUAUUCAGCAGUUCAGUCAAUGCAAAGCCACUGCCAGAAACUUGAAACUUAAGUAUGUUAUAAAUCUGGAAACUCUUCAGUCUGCCUUCUACACAGAGCAGUUUGAAGUAAAAGAAUCUGGAAGAGGUCCUUCAGGUGAGGAGAUUUUUGCAACCAUUAUAAUAACUGGAAACGGUGGAAUUCAGUGGUCAAGAGGGAAACAUAAAGAAAGUGAGACACUGACAGAACAGGAAAUUGAACUUAAUUCAUUAAGAGAAGCUUUAUCAUUUGUGUCAUUAAUUGAUGGGUAUUAUAGAUUAACUGCAGAUGCACACCAUUACCUCUGUAAAGAAGUAGCACCACCUGCAGUGCUAGAAAAUAUACAAAGCAAUUGCCAUGGUCCAAUCUCAAUGGACUUUGCCAUUAGUAAACUGAAGAAAGCAGGUAAUCAAAUUGGUCUAUAUGUACUUCGAUGCAGUCCUAAGGAUUUUAAUAAGUAUUUUUUGACUUUUGCUGUUGAGAGAGAAAACGUCAUUGAAUAUAAACACUGUUUAAUUACAAAAAAUGAGAAUAGAAAGUACAACCUCAGUGGGACUAAGAAAAAUUUCAGCAAUCUUAAAGAUCUUUUGAAUUGCUACCAGAUGGAAACUGUUCGCUCAGACAAUAUAAUUUUCCAGUUUACUAAAUGCUGUCCCCCAAAACCAAAAGAUAAAUCCAAUCUUCUAGUCUUCAGAACCAAUGGCAUUUCUGAUGUGCCAAACUCACCAACGUUACAGAGGCAUAAUAAUGUGAACCAAAUGGUAUUUCACAAAAUCAGAAAUGAAGACUUGAUAUUUAAUGAAAGCCUUGGUCAAGGAACUUUUACAAAAAUUUUUAAAGGCUUAAGAAGAGAAGUAGGAGACUAUGGCCAAUUACAUGAAACAGAAGUUCUCUUAAAAGUUUUGGAUAAAGCACAUAGAAAUUAUUCAGAGUCGUUCUUUGAGGCAGCAAGCAUGAUGAGCCAACUUUCUCACAAGCAUUUGGUUUUAAAUUAUGGAGUAUGUGUCUGUGGAGAGGAGAAUAUUUUGGUUCAGGAGUUUGUAAAAUUUGGAUCAUUAGAUACAUAUCUGAAAAAGAACAAAAGUUCUAUAAAUAUAUUAUGGAAACUUGGAGUGGCUAAGCAGUUGGCAUGGGCCAUGCAUUUUCUAGAAGAAAAAAACAUUAUUCAUGGGAAUGUAUGUGCCAAAAAUAUUCUACUUAUCAGAGAAGAAGACAGGAAGACAGGAAAUCCUCCUUUCAUCAAACUUAGUGAUCCUGGCAUUAGCAUUACAGUUUUACCAAAGGACAUUCUUCAGGAGAGAAUACCAUGGGUACCACCUGAAUGCAUUGAAAAUCCUAAAAAUCUAAAUUUGGCAACAGACAAAUGGAGUUUUGGUACCACUUUGUGGGAAAUCUGCAGUGGAGGAGAUAAACCUCUGAGCGCUCUCGAUUCUCAAAGAAAGCUUCAGUUCUAUGAAGAUAGGCACCAGCUUCCUGCACCAAAGUGGACAGAAUUAGCAAAUCUUAUAAAUAAUUGUAUGGAUUAUGAAUCAGAUUUCAGGCCUUCUUUCAGAGCCAUUAUACGGGACCUUAACAGUUUAUUUACUCCAGAUUAUGAACUAUUAACAGAAAAUGAUAUGUUACCAAACUUGAGGAUAGGUGCUCUAGGGUUUUCUGGUGCUUUUGAAGACAGGGACCCUACACAAUUUGAAGAGAGACACUUGAAAUUUCUACAGCAACUUGGGAAGGGUAAUUUUGGAAGUGUGGAAAUGUGCCGAUAUGACCCCCUGCAGGACAACACUGGGGAGGUAGUGGCUGUUAAAAAGCUCCAGCACAGUACUGAAGAGCACCUCAGAGAUUUUGAAAGGGAAAUUGAAAUCUUGAAAUCCCUGCAGCAUGACAACAUUGUCAAGUACAAAGGAGUGUGCUACAGUGCUGGCCGGCGUAAUUUAAGAUUAAUUAUGGAGUAUUUACCUUAUGGAAGUUUACGAGACUAUCUUCAAAAACAUAAAGAACGGAUAGAUCACAAAAAACUUCUGCAGUAUACAUCUCAGAUAUGCAAGGGUAUGGAGUAUCUUGGUACGAAAAGAUACAUCCACAGGGAUCUGGCAACAAGAAAUAUAUUGGUAGAGAAUGAGAACAGAGUUAAAAUUGGAGAUUUUGGAUUAACUAAAGUCUUGCCACAAGACAAAGAAUACUAUAAAGUGAAAGAACCUGGUGAAAGUCCCAUAUUCUGGUAUGCUCCAGAGUCACUGACAGAGAGCAGGUUUUCUGUGGCCUCAGAUGUUUGGAGCUUUGGAGUGGUUUUGUAUGAACUUUUCACAUAUAUUGAGAAGAGUAAAAGUCCACCAGUGCCUCCUGUGGAGGACCUGUUUGCUGAAUCGCAACAUAAUAUUUAUUUGAUCAUGACAGAAUGCUGGAAUAAUAAUGUCCAUCAGCGCCCCUCCUUCAGGGACCUAGCAUAUCGGGUAGAUCAGAUACGGGACAACAUAGCUGGAUGAAAGAAAUGAACGACGUGGACACCGAGACCAAAGCAGACUUCCAGAACAAAGGUUUUCACAUUGCUGUGGACUAUUAUCACUCAUCAUUACUAUGUAAAUCAUGAUGCUUGCCAGAAGAGAUGUGAAAAUAGCUGCUGAAAACUUGGAAAGUUCAGUGUUUUCUUCAUGCAGCUACCUGUACAUGACUGUGAUGGGAGAUCUUGAAAAAGAAAUUUUGUAAAGUUUCAUGAAUUUUAUCAGCCAGUAUACCUCCUUCUCUGGCAAAAAAAUAAAUAACAUUUGUCAACUCAGCUUUUUGAGAGAUGAAAAUUACAGUGUAAAUUUUGCCUUGUUGAAGAUGCACAAAAAUAUGUACAGUUUUUACCACAGUGCAUGUAUUAUACUUUGGCAUCUUGUGUGAUUUACACAAGGGCUAGUGUUCAUUAGUAAUGUUUCUAAUUUUUCCACAACUGAUACACAAUAACUUCACUGUACCAACAAAUUACUGUGCUCAGAAAAUUGAGCAGCACCGUUCUUGUUUUUGUUCAUCCAAACUACUAUCUGACGAUAUUUAGCAGGUGUAUGAUUUUUGCUUAUAGUUCCAUGUAUUGUAAAUAUUUUUCAAAGCAAAGGGAACAAAAGUCUAUUUUAUUUGUAUAAGUAAUUCCCCUAGCCCUAAAGAAUAUGUUUUGAAAUGGAACAAGCUUACAAAGAAAUAACACAAUCUAUUUUCUUAUUUGUUUCUCUUGUAUCUGUUUGUGGUGAAUGUUUUUUUAAAUGGAAAUAUCUCCAAAUUUUUUCUAAGACUAUAAUGAAUAGUAUUCUUUUACAUUUUUGAGAAUAAGAAUGUUGGGAAUGUUGUCGUCCUUUGAGCUCUUGACUGCCAAUAAGAUUCUUCAGUCUUUGAGACCUGUGGUCACGCAUUAUUAAAUGUAAGCAUAAGCCAUAACAUAGUUUCUAAAAUGUGCAAGCUCAUUAAGAUGAACAGUGGGCUAGGACAUAAAGUCUAGAGACUAUGUUUGAAGUUUUUAUUACAGUUACAGAAGAGAUUCCCUUUGUUAGAGUCUCAUACUCAAUGAGGAAAUGAGCAACUUGAUGAAAAGUAUGCUUGUCAAUUUUAUUACAGGAUGCCAGUAGAAAAUUCAUAAUGUAUGUCUUUUAAAAAAAGAGAAAAUACAUAUUUUUAAUAAGUAUAAAGUAUUAUUUGUGUUGUCAUCUGUUCUAGUGCUACUCCAUUUAAGAUAUAGUACCUAAAAUAAAAUGUGAUAGUGGUU